AUGAAGCAUAUUUUCAAAAAGCUACACAGAGGUGGUAAUCAGGAGCAGAAUCGGACCAACGAUGCCGUUCCUCCUUCGGAUCAAAAUCGGACACACGCUGCUGCUGCUGCGAAUCCUCAAGCAACCCCUUCUUCCGUCCCGGAGACGAUUCCGGUGACCGGACCCACUACUUCGAUUACCUCUCCCGCUCCAACGGCUGCCACGAACCGUUCGGAUUACAUAUCCUCGGAGGAGGAAUACCAAGUGCAGUUAGCCCUAGCGAUCAGUGCGUCGAAUUCGCAGUCGAGUGAGGAUCCGGAGAAGCAUCAGAUCCGAGCGGCGACGCUGCUGAGUUUAGGAAGCAAUCACCGGACGGAAUCGAGGAGGGAUACAUCCGAGGUGGUAGCCCAGAGGUUAUCGAGACAGUACUGGGAAUAUGGUGUGCUUGACUAUGAGGAGAAAGUUGUGGAUAGUUUCUACGACGUGUACAGCUUAUCAACAGACUCAGCGAAGCAUGGAGAAAUGCCAUCGCUGGAAAAUCUUGAAAGCAAUCAAGGAACACCUGGCUUUGAAGCUGUAGUUGUAAACCGAUCCAUUGAUCCUUCCCUGGACGAGUUGCUACAAAUUGCGCAAUGUAUUGCGCUGGAUUGUCCUACGACCAGUGUUAAUGUGUUGGUGCAGAGGCUGGCUGAGCUUGUCACAGGGCAUAUGGGUGGAUCUGCGGAAGAUUCCAGUGUAGUUAUGGCAAGGUGGACUGAGAAAAGCAGCGAGUUCAAGGCAGCGCUAAAUACUUGUGUGUUCCCUCUUGGAUUUGUGAAUAUUGGUCUCUCCAGGCAUCGUGCUCUGCUUUUCAAGGUUUUGGCAGAUAGUGUCAGGUUACCUUGUAGGUUGGUAAAAGGUAGCCAUUACACGGGAAACGAGGAUGAUGCUGUGAACACAAUUAGACUGGAAGAUGAUAGAGAGUACCUGGUUGAUCUUAUGACAGAUCCUGGGACACUUAUACCUGCUGAUAUUGCAAUUGAGCCAUAUCACUUACAUGGAAACAAAUUUCCCACAGCUCACUUGUCAGAGGGAGAAGGCAGUAGUCAGAGUUCUAUGGCUGACAAUAGCUCUUCAAAUUUGGCACCACUUCGGAAUUCAGAUUUGAGCGCUUCACCUUCUACCGUAACUAGUAAUGGUCAGUUGGAGAAUAUUUCUGCAAAGGGGAGUCGAGGAGCCAUAAAUGAUAGUUCAAGAACGAACAUGAAUAUAGUUCCAUACAAUCAGAACGCUGAGGAAGAUCCGAAAAACCUUUUCGCAGACCUUAACCCAUUUCAAAAUAAAGGAACUGACAAGCUGUUCAUGCCCACUAAAUCAGGUUUGAAUAAUGUUGAUGAUUUUCAUCAACAGAAAAACAAUCCUCUGGUUGGUAGAUCUCCUGCACCAAUGAUGUGGAAGAACUACAGUUGCAAUGAAGCUCCGAAGAGAAAAGAGAAUAGUUACAUGGAUAAUAUUCUCCCGAAACUCCAUCGUGAACCUCGCUAUGGAAACAGUAAUUCCUCAUAUGCUGCCUCAAGCUCCGGUGGAGCUGUUUUGUCAAAUGUGCCUGGCAGAGACAGUGUGACAUUUGCGCCACCAUCUUUCACUUCCGCUGGAAAUGAGUUCACACCAAGCUUGGCGGAGGAUAUGAACAGUAACAGCAACAAUGAGCUAGAUCUCCAACCAAAUUCUGCUCUACAUGAACAGCAAAACGAUGAGUCUCAUGUUCACGAUCAUAGAAAGUACACAAGUGAUGACAUAUCUAUUGGGUCUGAUCUGAGGUUUAAGGAUCACGAGAGUACAAGUUCAUCUCUUGAUUCUACAUCCUACAGGAAUGAUCCUCAAGUUCUUGACGAUGCAGAUGUUGGUGAAUGUGAAAUCCCUUGGAAGGAUCUUGUGAUUGGGGAGAGAAUAGGGUUAGGGUCCUAUGGGGAGGUCUAUCAUGCUGACUGGAAUGGCACGGAAGUUGCUGUCAAGAAAUUUUUGGACCAAGACUUCUCAGGCGCUGCUUUGGCCGAGUUCAGAAGAGAAGUACGGAUUAUGCGAAGAUUGCGUCAUCCAAACGUGGUUUUCUUCCUUGGGGCUGUUACUCGUCCUCCGAACCUUUCCAUUGUCACAGAGUUUCUGCCAAGAGGGAGCUUGUAUCGCAUUCUUCAUCGGCCCAAAUCUCAGAUUGACGAGCGGCGCCGGAUUAAAAUGGCCCUUGAUGUGGCAAUGGGGAUGAAUUGCUUACACACCAGCACACCAACAAUUGUUCAUCGUGAUUUAAAAACACCGAACCUUCUAGUUGAUAACAACUGGAAUGUUAAGGUCGGUGAUUUUGGGUUGUCUCGCUUAAAGCACAAUACUUUUUUGUCCUCAAAAUCAACUGCUGGAACGCCCGAAUGGAUGGCUCCAGAAGUUCUACGCAAUGAGCCCUCGAAUGAAAAGUGUGAUGUAUAUAGUUUUGGGGUAAUACUUUGGGAGCUAGCAACAUUGAGAUUGCCGUGGAGAGGAAUGAAUCCGAUGCAAGUAGUAGGAGCAGUUGGUUUCCAGAAUCGCAGGCUUGAGAUCCCAAAGGAGCUUGAUCCCGUCGUCGGAAGGAUCAUCUUGGAAUGUUGGCAAACGGAUCCGAAUCUGAGGCCGUCGUUUGCUCAGCUGACGGAAGUGCUGAAGCCGUUGAACAGGCUCGUGCUUCCUUCACCACAGUAG